GGUAUCAUGACAACCCUACAAGGAAACCCUCUAAGCAUUUCAUUGAUCGCUCUAUUCAUAUCUGCAAAAUUUCUUCUAACCCGAACGGACGACCUCCCCGAACGGAAACCAUAUUUGUCCCCUUUUCAAGAUGCCUGGAAGGCACUGACUUUGCCGGGAAAGUUUUAUCUUUACAUGAGAUCCUAUGCGGAUGAGCCAUUUUACGGAUUCAACCGGAAGUGCGUCUUCACCGAUCUAAUCUCUGUUAACGAAAAGGAACACUACACGACAAGCGUUUUUGGGUCAACGGAUCCCAAAGAUGGCUCAGUGAAGAACACAACUGCGUACUCAUGGGCUCGUGCAUCCGAGGGCUACACUGUUCCAAACGUCAUAGAAGCCUCCUCGUCGCUCGAAAAAGAUUUCGUCCUGGAUUACGGCCUCAUCUUUUCUGAAUACGAUAACUGUGAAAUCUUUCGGCUCCCGCACCGUAAAAACGGCUGCGAACUCUGGGCGAAAGCAGGCAAGGUGGACGAGCUUUCGUCGCUCUGCUUCUUCGUGUACCACUUGCUCUGCGGGCCAGAAAAGCACAUCGUGUACGACCAAGAUUUGUGCGAAAAGAAAUAA